CUGUAUUAAAUUAUGGGUAGUCUCUGGUUUAUUGCAUUUGCUAUUAUGAUUCUUCACCACUCAAAUGGAGUUACAGGUUCUGAACGAGUUCCUGCACUCUUUGUGUUUGGAGACUCAUUGGUUGAUGUUGGCAACAACAAUUUCCUUAGCUCAAUUGCCAAAUCUAACUAUUUUCCUUACGGUAUUGAUUUCAAUAUGCAGCCUACCGGAAGAUUUUCUAAUGGAAAAACCUUUGUUGACAUUAUUGGAGAGAUGCUGGGUGUUCCAUAUCCUCCGCCCUUUGCUGAUCCCAACUCCGUGGGAGUCAAAUUACUUGGAGGAGUGAAUUAUGCUUCAGCAGCCGCAGGCAUCCUUGAUGAGAGCGGCCAACAUUAUGGUGAACGGUACAGCCUAAGUCAGCAAGUAUUGAAUUUUGAAAGCACAUUGGAUCAACUACGAACAAUGAUAGGGAGAAAUUUGACGAAUUUCCUGGCCAAAUCCAUAGCAAUUUUGGUGUUUGGGAGCAAUGAUUACAUCAACAAUUAUCUCAUGCCUUCCAUCUACUCUUCUAACUACACUUACACUCCUUCAGAAUUUGGCAACCUUCUUCUCAACCGCUAUGCCCGACAACUUUUGGCACUAUACAGUUUAGGACUAAGGAAAUUCUUUAUAGCUGGAAUUGGACCCAUUGGUUGCAUCCCUAACCAAAGAGCAAGCGGACAAGCGGCGCCGGGAAGAUGCGUAGAUAAUGUUAAUGAAAUGCUGGGAACUUUCAACCAAGGGGCAAAAUCAAUGGUAGACCAACUAAAUAUGCGUCCUGGUGCUGUCGUUGCAUAUGGCAAUACUUAUGGUGCUGUGGGUGACAUCCUAAACAAUCCUACCGCUUUUGGGUUCAACGUUGUUGAUAAAGGAUGUUGUGGAAUAGGGAGGAACCAAGGGCAAAUAACAUGUCUGCCAUUUGCAUAUCCAUGCCCAAACAGAAAUCAAUACGUGUUUUGGGAUGCUUUCCAUCCUACACAAGCCGUUAAUGCCAUUCUAGCACGUCGGGCUUUCUAUGGGCCUCUUUUGGAUUCUUAUCCAAUCAACAUCCAACAAAUGACUCUUAUCAACUGAUUUAAUUUGCUCUUUCCUUUUCCUUGUACAAAUUAGCCUUGUCUUCUAUAUUACGGCCUUCGUUUGUGUUGUAAUAAAUAUAAAUUGCUGAAUUGAACACCUAUAUGAUUGUGGGCAAGAUUUUAUUCAUUAUAGUUUGAAUUACAGGGAAAGCAAAGAGGACAGGCGGUUCUUAUGGUUUGAAUUCAAACCAAAUGAUUAGCUGCCUGAGGCAUUUAUCAACUGAUUUUAAAAUCAAAACUGCAUGUGGCAAUUUCUUUAGCAGGUCAGGCUCCAUAUAUUACUGGCGGACAU